CGUCAGCGGCAUUCCCCUUUGGCGGGUAAUUUCAAAAUGGCGGAAUGGUACAGCCAGUGCACAAAAUGGCGAUUUCUUUCCGAUUCAGUCCGUUUUGGCGACAUCAGACAUAUUCAAACCAAUUCAAAGAGUACAAUUAUAAUAUUUCUUCCAAGAAUACUUCAAUAGAGUCUGUGUAAAGGCGGAAAUAUGGCGAAUUAAAAACUGUAAAAGUACCUGCCAACCCAUUCUCGACAGGUUAGUGGAGCCUCUGGCAUACUGCCAACAAAAAUAACGCCAACCAAAACACUUUCAGUCGUUUUAUCUUCUGCUUUUCGAUACCUGUAAAACAAUCUCGGACAAUGGAAGCAAAUAACUAUGUAAUUUAAUUAAUCCAUUACUUUACUCAGAUUUCUACCUCUCUCUUCGAAAAAUAACUUAACUUACCUUGAUAAAACCGUCUGAAAAUCGGAAUUGGAAGAAAGUAAUUUUCAAGGAGCAUAUCAAUUGUUAUAAUAAUUAUGCCAAUGCUAGUCGUAUAGCAUUCGUAAUGAGGUAAACAGUCAUUAAAACUUAAUGUCAAUAACAUUGAAACCAAGCUUUGUUGGUUCGUUUUUCUUCAACUUCCCUCUCGAAUUGGACAGAUUCCGCUUCCUUUUCGUGAAAUAAUUCACCAUUCAUAUAGUUUAAACAUCGCUUCUUCCAUUAGGUUUGACUUUGUUUCUCUUUGGGAGAACUGAAGUCGAUAAAUUAAUGCCGUUUUUUGCACGUUUGUGAGUUCAGUGCAGACAGUUUGUGAAUGCAACAGGUUUAGAGAUUGUUGUCAAUGGCUUUGCGUCUUCAUUAUACAAAAAUCCAGGAACACAAUGUUCAGUGUUUCACCUUUGUCAUCGAAGAAUUUAGUAGCGUCGGGGAAUCGUUGUUUUCCAAGGUCUUGUCUUUCUCAGGGCAUCACUGGAGGCUGCAGAGUGGCAUCAAAGGGGGAAAUCUAGGGGUCUUCCUCAGGUGGUACGGGGGUGGUGAGCAAAAUCGCAAAAUAAAAUGCAAGAUUUCACUUGAAGUCACAGCUGUGAAUACUCUAGACCCUUCAAGGUCAGUCACUGUUGGAUGUCUGGAAGAUGAAGAUGAGUUUCCUAGAUCUGGGUUUGGAGUUGGAUGGAGCAAAGUUAUCGCUGUAGAAGAGAUUGAGAAGCCUCAUUCAGGAUUCCUUGAAGGCAACUGCUUGUUCCUGGAGGUAAAGUGCAGAGUAGUUCAUACAAAGUUUGAAGAUAAAAUGGUUGUUAACCUUGCUUCUGGAACAGAAUUCACAUCCAGUUCAAAGUUUUCUCUGUUUGACAAUGACUGGAGUAUCAUCAUGUAUCCCAGAGGGGAGAAUCCACAAGCAUCGACUCCUCAGAAAGAUAACGCUGCUAUCUAUCUACGCAGAGAAAACCCAAGUGCUCUUCGCUUUGAUGUAACAUUCACUAUCUAUAUACCUAAAGUCAAAGAAGUCAAAAUCACUCAUCAUUUUCAUGAAAAGGUCUGCUCAACAACAUUUGGUGUUGAAAAAUUCAUCCGCACCAAGGAUCUUAGAUUGAUGGCCAAGGGAGGAACUGUCCCUGUAGGAAUUAAGAUAGUCAACAUCCAGCCCUACUUCUAUCUUGGUUUUGACACAAAAGAUUGGAGCCCUCCUGAAAACCUUGGCAGCGCUGUAGCCUUGAAUGAUUAUACUAAUUUCCCAUUGUCAUUUAAAGCUGAAUCACUAGAUCAAGAAAGACUUGAUUUUAAGCUUCAGUUUGACCCAGAUGGCUUCUACAAAGAGAUUGAUGACAGCGCAUAUUAUUAUAACAUACUGUGGAGUGUUGUAGUCUUUUGUUUCAAAGAUGAUGAAAAGACAACAACUCUAAACUCAUGGGAAGCACCAGGCCAUAGUGCGUUUUGUUACAGUGGAGAAGAAGUAACCAUGAAGUCACCAUUGCUGUUGAGUGAGUCCAUCAGUCCUUACAGUCCAUUCCUUGAUGAAGAGAAGCUUCUAAGUGUCAAGCUUGCUGUUCACAAUAUCAACGAAGUGUACGAUCCACUGUUGCUGGAUGCUGAUAAAGGUAGCAUUGUGAAGCUGAGGGACAUCAAUGCACUGACCAAGAGUUCUACUGAAAAAUACUGGUCUGAUCAAGUGUCGUCAGUGUCCAACGAGAAAGACAAGCUAAUUGAUGAACGUGAUGAAUUGUUGUCAAACAAGGACAAAGAGAUCAGUGACAAAGACUCUGCUAUUCAAACAUUGGAAGAGGAAAUCAAGGACAAAGAACACUACAUUCAUAGUGUGGAAGAGAAUGCUGAUGGAAGAGACAGCAAAAGUCCAAGGCUGGUAAACCUAAAAGACCUUAUAGAGAAAACACAACCUGACCCAGAAGACCUGGAAAAACAAAACCAAGUCGCACAGCAGCUGAAGGAAUUUCUAAUGAACAACCUUCCAUUCACUGUCAGUCGUAUAUCAGUAGUCGGGAACGCUGGGCAGGGAACGACCACUAAAGGAGUCAAAGAACUUGAUCUUGGUAUUUUCAUUCAAGAUCUCCCGCGUACAAGCCAUAAGAGUUGGCUACCAGCAAUCGUAUUUUCAAUCAAGACACUACUAAAACAGCAUGGAGAACAACGAUCUCAAGACAACUGCAACUCGACCUUGCCUCCUUGUUGUGACUUCCUGGAAACAUCGUCAGCGGUUGUCUUCAAGUGCGAUGACGUCAAUGUUGUCCUUAUUCCAACUAAUGACUGGGAGCCGUUUGAUGGUUUUAAGGGACUUUAUCAAAUGGCCAUGAGCCAGACAGAGGAAGAAGCUCAACCUUACUACAUUCUUUCCGCUUGUGAGAGGCAAACUGAAUUCAUUGCCAAUCAAUCAGAUAAGUGUAAAGAGCUGAUACGAGCUGUACGAGCUUGGUGUGAUUCUGUCCCGUGGAGGAAUGCCGAAUCCAAACCAGGUCCUUACCUUGUGGCUUUACUCGUAGUAGCAGCUUAUCAAAUCAUCCAAGGGGAGCCUGUCUCCAAGACAGCUAUUGCAGAUAAGGAAGUCUUCCUUGAACUGGCAGAAAUGGUCAAUGACGAGAACCUAGAGAUAUUUUGGAAUGAAUUCUAUCUGUCAUCAAGCUAUCCUAGGGAACUGUUUCCAAUUGGAUUUGAACUACCUAUCAUCCAGGACCCAGCAAUGCCCACGCACAACGUAGGCUCAUCCGGCUUGCAGGACUGGACACAAUUUAGACAAGAAAUUAUCAAGUGGGUUCAGAUGAUGUAAAGUCUUGUUAUCUUGCUCACAUAAGAUGGAUUUGUACGAACCUUUGUAAGAGAGAACAAGUGAUGUGAUCGGUUUGGGAGAAAUGCAGUUCUAGGAAAUAACGACAGCUUGCUGAUCAAAAUUAAAUGUCGAUUUUUUUUUUUUAAAAAAAGUCAUUUAUUGGGAACAACACACCACUGAAUAUAAAGAAAAUAGAUGGGUAGACAUUACGGUGCAUGCAGUUAAUCCAGUUAAAAUCUUAUUUAAAAGCACUCGUUUUUGUUUUCUCCUUUUCGUACAACUCAAAUUUCAAAUAAGAUAAACAAUCAGUUUACAAAUUGGACGAUACCGGCUCAUAAUGAAUCUGGGAUAAUGAUACUUUAUUAUACAAUUUAACUAAAGGUAACACUCGUUAUUGAACUGAUAAACUAGUUAGUCCUCCUGAAUCAAAGUUAAUGUCGUUAUUGGUCAUCUAUUGGCUUAUCUUGACAAUAGAUUGUGGUCUUAAUCAUAGUUUACAUUAAACACAUAUUAUAUCAUUGAUCUUGGUAAUCAUGUUAGAAUAUCAAAUACGUACUGAGUUCAUCCCCUUUUUAACGUUCUAGAUCCGCCACUGUUAUUGCUUGUAAUUACACACCAAAGAACACCGUAAGGCAAUUUUCAGGCUGAAUUUUUUAAACGAAUACCUAUCAAAUCAAUUUAGAACGUACCCUUAUGGGUGUUCUUACAGGUAUAUGCGGGGUUUUGCUAUGAUCUAGAACUAAUACAAAUAUAGGAGAAUGCGUUAAUUACAUAGCAGUACAAUUUUAAUCAUUAUAAACCAGAAGUAUGCUAGUAGAGUGGUUUUCAAUAACUUGUGAAGGAAAAUGUGAUAGUAAAAUGAGAUGACGGAAAGAGAAAGAAAAAAACGUACCAUAAAGAGUCGAAAAAGUGUAGUACGUUAAAGUGUAUUUCAUCGGUUAAUGAAAGCCAGUCUAAACUCGCGUAUAAGUAGACAUUUCAUCUAUUUCAUUGAAAUAUUAUUCAGUCAUUCACGACCACAGCUUAGAUAAAAAAGGUUUUAUAAAUAGUUGUUUAGAUUCGAUUUAGAAUCGAUGGAAAUAGGAUUAGUGUCGUAUCAUGUCGACGUUCAAAGAAUCCACGUAUACGACUUGUCUCGAAAUUAGUUUUUGUUUGUUUGUUUAUAGUACAUUCAGUGAAAUAAAAUAUUUGAAGGAAAUUAACGCUGUAAUUGUACUCCUCUCGACCAAUGAAGAAGAAUGUGCUAUAAACAAUGUAGAGUGAGUUACGCCACUUAACCCGUGAUAGCAGAAUCACAAAAGACAGCUCUUUUAUUUCGUAUAGAUUUUUCCAUUGUAGUUUUUAGACGCUGUGUGAUUUAAAAAACAUGAAUUUCACGGGUUAAGUACCAUCGUGCUCCACAGAAUAACCAAGCAAAGAUAAAAUUCAGUUUGAUUGUAAUUCUGUUCAUAUAAUCGCAUUAUAUUCUCAAAAUUUGAAAUUAAAUAAAGACUUGAAUAAAUCUA